AUGGCCCCCACGCCACCCUCAGCGGAUGCAGCGUCGUCAGCGUCACCAAACGGCGGCGAAGACCGUACGCGCCGCAACGUGGCCUGCGUCAAGUGUCGCAACUCCAAGGUCCGCUGUCGAACUAGCACCGUCCCUGGCCAACCCUGUCAGAGAUGCGCCAAACUCCAGAUCUCAUGUGUAGUGGAUAAGUUUCACAAGCGCAUAACAAAACGAAGCAAGCUCGAGCAGCUCGAGGAGGAGCUCCAGUCCAUCAAGCAGGUGGUGCAUCCCCACGGCGCCGACACGAAAUGGACGCCGACUAGUCCGCGGUCAACGUUUCCUAACGCAUUAGAAAACAACAACCGUUCUUUCGCCCAGCCCAUUCCCCAAGCGCCCACACCACUCUCCGAGCCGUCGGCUGCCGCUGCUGCGCCGCCCUCCGCACGGCUCCCCGAGCAGCGGCCCAAGACCGGCCCCACCGAGGCCCGGAUGCUUGGCGAACAUGUGGUCUCUGGACACGACGUUGACUGGUACUUUAACAAAUUCUUGCAAUGCUUCCAUCCCGCAUUACCCAUUUUGCGAAAGCGAGAUCCAGAUGAAUGCUACGAAGCCAGCCCGACCCUCUUCUGGGUCGUCAUCUACGUAACCUGUCGUCGAUAUACCACAGAUCGCGUCUUUUUUCGCGCACUGGUAGACUAUGUCGAAAAAGACAUUUCGAAAGCCCUGAUGGAGCCGGCCAUGACGCUGGAAACUGCACACGCUGCCUUGUUCCUCUGCGCAUGGCCGCUCCCUGUCAUCCGACUAUUGACAGAUACCUCCACCACAUACAUUAGCAUAGUCAUGACAGGCAUCAUGAUGAUCGGGGCACAUACUGGUCGCGGCAGCCACAAGCAGUUCUGUAUCGGCUCGCGAAAAGCCCGCGUCUUCUCCGACGAGGAAGCAGCCUCGACCUGGGUGGCCUGCUGCGCUCUGGCUCAAAAAAUAUCAGCCAUGAGCGGUCAUCCGCCACCUUCUAUCCAACACGACGAUACGCAAUGUCGUGCAUCACUAGACUCGCCUUUCUGGGCCGAUCUAUUAUCCAUGUUUGACGUCUACAAAUUCCUGAAUCGGUUCCAUGCCGCCAUGUCGGUCCAUGCCUCCAGCCAUGGACAUGCUUCCAGCUCCGAAGUCGCGAGAUGGGAGCAAGAAUUCGAGGCGCUGAAGCCAGCGAUUAUACAGUCCAACAGUGACCUUACCCACGUCCUGUCCCUCUCGGCGCUGCUUGAGAUCCAAACUUUCUACUUCUCCGCCAACCCCGAAGCGCCGCCGCACGUGCAGCGCAUCAACUACCUGCGCGCCUUCAGCACCGCGCGCCGCCUCAUCGCCACCGCGCUCGAGCACGAGGCGCGCGGCAAGCUCCUCACCCACGCCACGAACCAGGUCUUCCGCAGCCUCGUCGACGCCGCGUGCAUCGUCACCGGCGUGCUGUACUCGACCUCGGCGCCGCCGGACGUCUCCCCCCGCGACGCCGACCUGCUCGCGCAGCACGCCGCCGCCGUGCUGCACCGCUGUUCCGUCGAGGAGAGCGACCUGCCGCACCGCAUCGGCGUCAUCGUCGAGACCUUCUGGGCCGUCCGCCACCUCGUCCCGCGCAUCGAGGUCGGCCCGCGCGCAUGGUCCGACCGCCUCGGCGUCGGGGUGUCCUUUUGGUGCCUCGAGCUGUUCAAGCGCGCCCUACGCGCCGCCCAGAAGAACAGCGAGACGGCCGCCGCGGCCAACCGGGCCGACGAGCUCAUCCACCGCCACAGGAGAACGCGGCAGCAGACCGCCGCCGAACCGCCCGCGACUGACGCUGGCGUGCUCACGGCCCCUACCGGACUGCAAGGGGCGCCGACGUCAGUCGGUCCGCCGAUAAAUAUGCUGCAUCCCAUGGCCAUGGGCGCGGACCCCUUCCAGGAGAUUGACUGGUCCAUGUUCACCGACGACUUUGGCUGGAUCGGCGACGACGGGGUGCUCCUCGGCUUGCCGUGA